GAAAGCAGAUUGCUGACUGACCGGCUUGCAGUCUGAGGGAGGAAGUGGAAUGAGGCUGGUUAAUUAGGAGAAGCAGGCUGUAUCCCCGACGGGAGAGAGCAGCGAGCCGCUCCGUCUCUAUCUCUUUAAGAGCCCUGUGUGUGUGUGUGUGUGUGUGGGGGAGGGGUAUUGGCUGGGGUGGAACAGUCCUGUAAUGAGCAGAUUUUAGAGAGAGAGAGAGAGGCCGAAAAACAAGAGAGGACAGAUGACUUGGUGGAAUUGGGAUACAACAACAAUCCAGUUUUUUUUUUUAGGGGCGAGUGCUGAACCAGAGAGGACAAAGGGAGAGCGAGAGGAAUAAUUCCUCACUCUCACAUCCUCGUCUCCGGCGGGGAGGCUGAUCGUCAGAUCUCGGCGGCGCGGCAGCGGAGGACGAGGAGAGAUUCGCCCUCCGUGAUGUCUGCUGGAGGCUGACGCUGAGGCUGCCGCCACGGACGAGUCUCCUUCUUCACAGGCCAACUUCUCUGGAUGUCUAUUUCAUUUUUUAUUUAAUGGCGUACCAGUGCAGCAUCCUCCUCCUCCUCCUCCUCCCGUCUCUCUGUCUGUGUGCCGGUGCGGCAGCGGAUGUGUGGAUGCUGUGAUGUCUGACUGAGCUGAGCUCGGUCGCUGUAGCCGACACCACCACCAGCUCCACCUCCACCUCCACCGCCGCCGCCGCUCUGUGGGCCUCUGCGAGUGCUAGAAAAGCCUAGGCCUCGCUCGUCUGGAGCGCCCCGCUGCACCGGCCGAGGCUGGCGGGCUGCGCGGAGCAGGAAGGUGGAGGAGGAAGUGGAGGAGGAGGAGGAGGAUGAGGAGCACUCGGAGCCUGCAUGCCCCAUGGGAAGCAGCAUGCACAGCAGCUGCGUUCCUCGCUCCAGACCCGUCGCUGAGGCUUAGGCUGCUCCUCCAUCGCGAGGCGGCGCUCAUCGGGCCGCGUCCUGCUGCAUCUUAAACGAGUUGCUGGUGUUCUACAUCCUAAACUAAGGGGAUAGGAGGAGUCGAGGCCCUGCACCUCCAUGCUGCCGGCUUCACACGGGGCCUCCUCCCUAUUUUGCUCCUCCUGAGUGACCCGGACACUUGUUUUUUCCUUUUCUUGACGUUCUAAGGAUUUGCCGGAACCUGUUUCAUGCAUGUCCACUGGAGGCAGGUUUGACUUUGAUGACGGGGGGUCGUACUGCGGGGGGUGGGAGCAGGGUAAAGCCCAUGGGCGAGGGGUCUGCACGGGGCCCCAGGGUCAGGGCGAGUACGCCGGCGCCUGGAGCCACGGCUUCGAGGUCCUGGGCGUGUACACGUGGCCCAGCGGGAACAGCUACCAGGGCACCUGGGCGCAGGGCAAGCGGCAUGGCGUCGGGGUGGAGAACAAGGGCCGAUGGGAGUACAGGGGGGAGUGGACGCAGGGGUUCAAAGGUCGCUACGGGCAGCUGGAGAGCACGGCGAGCGGGGCCCGGUACGAGGGCACGUGGAGCAACGGGCUGCAGGACGGAUACGGCACGGAAACCUACUCGGAUGGAGGAACCUACCAGGGCCAGUGGUUGGCCGGGAUGCGUCACGGCUACGGCGUGCGGCAGAGCGUGCCGUACGGCAUGGCGGCCGUCAUCCUCUUCCCCCUGCGAACGUCCAUAAACUCCCUCCGCUCCGAGCACAGCCACGGCCCCCCCGCUGUGCUGGAAGACGCCGCCGCCACCACGCCGCCGGACGGGGGGGCGGCCGGCCUGGCCGGGAGCCCCGUGGGCCGGGGGGGCUUCGCCCUGACGGCGCCCAGCGAAGCCGAGCGCCAGAGGAAGCGGAAGGGCCGCUUCCGGCAGUCCAUCCUGAGCGGCCUGAAGCUGCGGCGCUCCGAGUCCAAAAGCUCGCUGGCCAGCCAGCUCAGCAAGCAGAGCUCCUUCUGCAGCGAGGCGGGCAUGAGCACCGUCAGCUCCGCCGCCUCCGACAUCCACUCCAACGCCAGCGAGAGCGAACCGGGCGCCCCCGUGGACGCCACCGUCACCGAGGUGUACGCCGGCGAGUGGCGGGGCGACCAGCGGGCCGGCUGGGGCGUCAGCCGGCGCUCCGACGGGCUGCACUACGAGGGGGAGUGGGUGGGGAACAAGAGGCACGGCUACGGCUGCACCACCUUCCCCGACGGCACCAAGGAGGAAGGGAAGUACAAGCAGAACGCGCUGGUCAGCGGGAAGCGCAAGAACCUGAUCCCCCUGAGGGCCAGCAAGAUCAGAGAGAAGGUGGACCGGGCCGUGGAGGCCGCGGAGAAGGCCGCCGACAUCUCCAAGCAGAAAGCGGAGAUCGCCAUGUCGAGGAUGAGCCACGCUCGUGGGAAGGCGGAGGCCGCAGGAGGAGUGGCGCUGAAGGCGACGGAGGAGUGCCGACUGGCCCGCAUCGCCGCCAAAGAGCUCUCUCCCUCCUUCCACAUCUACGGGAACGGUGAGCGCACGCCGCGCCGCUCUUAUUGUGAAAUCUGGUUCUUUUAAGUAGUUACAUUCGAC